CUGUUCCAACGAACUUCAAUCCAUCAAAUCUCUUUGAUGUCAGUAUGCAACUCACUUUGACUCAAAAUGAAACCGACUGGCUGUUGGCGGACACGGAGAUGAAUGGCGUGGUUUUUGCAAAAUAUCAGCACUUGUUGAUGAACAUGAUCAAAAGAGUCGAUCCGAAUGCAGUUGCGUACAUUACUCGGUUUUCACGAGCGACAUCUACCCUGAAAAAGCCA